AUGACCGAGGAUGUCCCCGUAUAUGCCGCGGCCCUCCUUCUCGAUCCUUCUAAACGCAAGAGCUAUAUUGAAGAAUGUUGGCCCGAGGAAUGGCACGAGGGCGCGUUUGCCGCCGCCCAUUGUCUCUGGAAAGAAGAAUACAAUCACGAUGUCGAGAUACAUCUCUCAGAGCAGUCUUUGGCUGUGCCUGCAUUAUUAAAGCGAAAGAAGGAUACGAUGCUCUCAAAGAUGCGCUUAGAGGUGCGAAAUAAGACGAUGGCGAGAGCAGUGUUGGAUAGCCACGCUAUGAAACUGAAACUGGGGGGAGUUUCAGUUUCAUGA